AUGUCGAGCGCAAAGAAAAAAAGACCGGUGCAAGAGUGCGGACAGUGUGGGUGCUUUGUUUUAGCAAAGGAUUUUGAGAGGCAUAAGGAUGCUUGUGGGGUCGAAACUCGUAUCAGUGAGGUUCAGUUGGUUGAGCCCAAUGCUGUUUUAGUCGCAUUUGAGCAAGCACUGGAGAAGUGGCAAGAAUAUUUAGCACCAGACGUUUUUGGUUGGGUGAGGCAAAGCUCGGUUCUUGUUAAUCCGGAGACUAUGUUGCAUUUAAGGGUAAUUCCACGGCAGCCAUGUAUAUAUGAGAGCAACGAAAAUAAGCGUUUGGUUUUGGUAUGGCCUUGUGACAUGGUUUCACAAUUUCGAGUCUGUGCUGGAAGUAAAACAGUUGGUGGCUUGGUGCGCUUAUUUCCUGCUCAUAAAAUUUCUGAAGUGAAAAAUGUUUCUCUUCGCCCUUUAGGAACAUUUCAUAACUUUUACGACACGGCUCAUUUCAGAAAUUACGUUAACACCUUCUUGUCUGGAAGCUACCUUUUGCCCGGCGGAAUUACACAAAUCCCCUUCUAUGGGAUCUUAUGUCGUUUUUUGGUUGGAACCUCUUUAACUGAACGUAUGGGUAAUCUGACUGUUUCAAGUCAUCAGGAUCAAGUAUUACGAUUGGCAGUGGGGAGUAACAUUUCUAUACAAGGGAAAGGUGUCGCUUUUGAAAAGGAGAAGCUUUCAUUUCUUGAUCUUGGAGGAAACGAGAAAGCGAAGAGUGAUAUUUUUAAUUAUACUGUGGUUCCAUUGCAAAGGUUAGUUCCUGCAAUUUGGUGGGCGCUGUAG